AUGUGGCAGGGGGUUACAACUGGGAAGAUAACGUUCUUCAUACACAUAGAUGAAGUGAAGAGUCCUGGUAAUAAACUUCACGGAGGAGGGUGUUGUCAGGGAGUAGUCGGUAACCAUUGUACCAAGUUGUGUAAACCUGUACUCACUGUACGUCUUAUAAACAGUAGUCACACCUGUGCGGAUAGUUUUACCACAACGUUACACAUGAGGCGACAAGACGUCUUCUAUGGUUCUACAGUCGGGAAUACAACCGGCCUACAGUUUUUAGAAGUUGAUUCAUGGGACAAAUAUCUGGACAAGAUAUCAGUGAGAGUGGUAGAUUUACAACACUCCUCGUCACCACUCAUAUACCAAACAGAGUUCUCUGAUUCCAAUCUUCAGUUUGUAGACAACAUACUGUCACAACACUGGCGACAAAAGAAAUUGGCAGCAAAUUAUUUGUUGGAUAAAAACUCUUUUUUUAUCCAGAUAACGUACAAGGCGUACUGUUCUGAGGGUUACUAUGGACCAGACGGUACAGCUCAUUGUCCUGGUAAUCCACAGAAGUAUGUCGUCAACGGUCAUACCUACUGUAAAAUGGGAUGGCAUGGACAAAACUGUGAUCAGGACAUCGAUGAAUGUGCUAAUCGACAGUUUUGUGGACACGGUAACUGUACAAACACAGCUGGUAGUUUCCAUUGUGCCGGUCCUUCGUCCGUUACCGGUCUAAAAUGUCAGCUUGAUGAGGAUGAAUGUCUCCUGGAACCCUGUAAUGGAGGAGAGUGUGUCAACAAAAUAGGGAGUUACACGUGUCAGUGUAGAACUGGAACCACAGGUAAAAACUGUGAAUCAUUGACUGCUCACCAAUGUCAUGGUGAUACGUGUAAAAAUCACGGACAAUGUCAUUUUUUGCAUAGUAAGGCUGUAUGUACGUGCAAUAAUGAAUAUACCGGUCUGGACUGUUCCAUAAGAAAUUCGUGUGCUUAUAAUCAGUGUCAAAAUGGUGCUACAUGUGUGAUUACUGGAACUAACUACACGUGUCAUUGUGACAAAGGCUUCAUGGGGGACCUGUGUGAUAAAAUUAAUUAUUGUUCAAUUGAUCCGUGCAAAAAUUCAGGAACGUGCACAAAUACUGUGUCUGGAUAUAAUUGUUCAUGCACAGAUCAUUUCAUGGGACAGAACUGUAGCAUGUACGAUUUUUGUUUUGGAAGAAACUGUAAUAAUCGUGGACAAUGUCAAAAUGGACCAAAUGAUUAUUCGUGUCAGUGUAGGUCGCAGUAUCUUGGUAAGAAUUGUGAGCUAAAUAAUUAUUGUUAUAACAAGCCUUGUAAAUAUGGAAAUUGUUCAAAUUCAAACUUCGGUUAUACUUGUUCUUGCAAUAGCGGAACAAAUUGUGACCAAAUUGAUUACUGUAACGGAAAGAACUGUAACGGACAUGGACACUGUCAGAACGGGCAUGUUGGUUACACUUGUGUCUGUAAGCCUGGUUUCUUAGGAAGUGACUGUGAAAAUGAUUAUUGCUUUAAUAAUACUUGUAAAAAUGAUGCAACUUGUCAUAGUGGAAAAUCUUCCUAUGCAUGUUCGUGUAAACCUGGUUAUAUAGGAACUCAUUGUGAAACACGUGAUUACUGUCGUGGACAGAUAUGUAGCGGUCAUGGAGCUUGUCAUAAUAAACGAAGUGGAUACACUUGUGCCUGCCAACCAAAUUAUCAAGGAAAAAAUUGUGAACUGAAAAAUUACUGUUAUGGUAAUCCAUGCAGACAUGGAAAUUGUACCAAUACAAACACGGGGUAUAAUUGUAUUUGUGAUGGAGGGUAUCUAGGAACGAACUGUGAUUUAAUAGACUACUGUUAUAAUAAGCACUGUUCUAAUCGUGGUACCUGUCACGUCACAGGGAAUUCUUACUCUUGUACCUGUAAUGUUGGAUUCAUAGGUAAAGACUGUCAGACAAGGAAUUACUGUUAUAACCAACAUUGUUCUAACCAUGGAACUUGUCAAAACGAGCGUAGUUCUUACACGUGUCAAUGUAAUGCUGGAUACCAAGGAAAAGACUGUGACCACACUUACUGUUUUCAUCAUCAAUGUCUGAAUGGAGCCUCUUGUGUUAACGGUGAUUCUAACUAUACCUGUAAAUGUGUUCCAGGUUAUAUAGGAUCGUACUGUCAAACACGUGAUCAUUGUUAUCAUCAAACAUGUAGUGGACAUGGAACCUGCCAGAACGAUCAGCAAAACUAUACCUGUAAUUGUGAACCAGGUUUUCUAGGAAGUAACUGUGAAUACGACUAUUGUUUCAAUAACACUUGUGAAAAUGGUGCAACUUGUCACAGUGGAAAUUCUAAUUACACAUGUUCGUGUAAACCUGGUUAUAAAUGA